AUGGAACCAAGGAACAAUGUAACUUACUUUGUCCUCCUGGGCCUCACACAGAAUCCAAAGGAACAGAAAGUCCUUUUUGUUAUGUUUCUGCUCUUCUACAUUUUGACUGUGGUGGGAAACCUGCUCAUUGUCAUGACUGUAAUAGGCAGUAAGAACCUGAACUCGCCGAUGUACUUUUUUCUUGCCAGCUUAUCAUUUAUAGAUCUAAUUUAUUCCUCUUCUAUUUCCCCCAGAUUUAUCUCAGACUUGUUCUUUGGGGAAAAUACCAUAACCUUUGAAUCCUGCAUGACCCAGCUGUUUACUGAGCACCUUUUAGGUGGCACAGAGAUCAUCCUUCUGUUGGUGAUGGCCUAUGACCGCUAUGUGGCCAUCUGUAAGCCCUUGCAUUACUUGGUUAUCAUGAGACAAAUGGUGUGCGUUGUGCUUCUGGUGUUGUCCUGGGUUGGAGGUUUUCUGCACUCAAUUAUCCAACUAAUCACUGUAUAUCGGCUCCCAUUCUGUGGCCCCAAUAUCAUUGAUCAUUUUCUCUGUGACAUGCACCCUUUAUUGAAACUCGUCUGUACUGAUACAUAUGUCAUUGACCUCUUAGUGGUGGCCAAUGGGGGACUGAUGUGCAGUAUUUUGUUUCUGCUCUUACUUAUCUCCUAUGGGGUCAUCUUGCACUCUCUGAAGAACUUGAGUCCGGAAGGGAGGCAGAAAGCCCUCCAGACCUGUGCUUCCCACAUAAUGGUGGUUUUCUGCUUUUUUGUUCCCUGUAUUUUCAUGUAUGUAAGACCUGCAAAGACCUUCCCCAUUGACAAAUCACUGAGUGUGUUUUAUACAGUCAUAACCCCUAUGUUGAACCCAUUAAUCUACAGUCUAAGAAAUUCUGAGUUGACUAAUGCUAUGAAGCAGCUCUGGAGAAAAAAAUGUCAUAUCAAACAGUAA